ACCCAGACCCGUGGGCCGAAACCUUUGUAAGAAACGCCCCGGUUGUAAUCGUAAACAACCGCAUAGAUGCAAUGGCUGCCUAUCGAAACUGACUUCAGAUCAGUCUCCAUUUCACACAUGAGGGAACGGGGGUCGCUGCUGGUUUAGCAGCUCCGAGAACAGAUGUGGAUGUACAGACGCAACUGUAACAUUAUCGUAGAAACCUAAAGUAUGGAGAAGCCUGAAACGAAGGAGACGAGGAACAGAUGGAAGAGAUGAGUGAACUUACUCAACCUGAGACUUCAGAUGAGAUCUCUGAUGAGAAUCAGAACAAGCUGAAAGAGACAAAGGCUAUGGACGUAGACACUGAUAAACACGACUCGGAGAACAGGAACACACCAGAAAAUACCUCGGAGAGCCAAAGCUGCUCUUUAGAUCGUGAUAAUCUGUCUGAAAUUGUGCCGCCUGGGCCGAGUCCUUUUCUUUUGGCUUCCCUGCAGUCUCUUGUUGAAGAAAAUGAUCACAUGCUCCUCCCUCAUUCCUUACACCAGAUAGCAGAGGCCUAUUUCCUUGAAGAAGAUUAUCCAUGGGCAGUGGAGUUUCUCACUCUGGAGAAGCUGUACCAUGAGAGACUUCUGUCUAAUCUGGCCACCAUACAGGAGCAAUGGGAGUCCCAGUGGAAAACCAGCAUCCAAACUCAAAGUAACUCUUCUGUUAGUGAGAGCGAGAAAGCGCACCUAGAUUCAUUGAGUCACAUCUGCAGGACACACCAGAGACCGAAGCUGCAUGCAGAAAAGAGCACGAGUGACACAAAGCCACGAAACAGCCCAACCCAUGUAACAGAACACGGAGAACAAGAAAAAACUUUAGUGAACUCGGCUGUGAGGGAAAACCGGGCGGGUGACUGCUCAAGGCUAGAAGCUGAACACGAGCCAGAUGAAGAUCGUGAUCUGAACGAGGAGGGGGAAGGGCAGGAGGAAAACCUCGAAGAAGAUGAGUACUGGUAUGAGGAACUUCAGGAAGAGCAGGAAGACACAGACAUCGAUGGCCAGGUUCCAGCGGAUGAGCUGGCCAAACUCAUUCAGAUAGAGGAGAUGAUUCCUUCAGAUGGCUUAGUUUCUAUUUUAAAGAAAAGAGUUUGUGUCAAGGGAACUGACGCUCCUAAUCCGCCGAAAUACUCAAGCAAACGCAAAGUCCGCUUCAGAGAACCAGACGACCCUUUCGAUCAAGAUGAGUCGACUAAAAAGUCCUGCCUCAUUCUUCUCCUCUUGUGUGUGGUUACUGUGGCAAUAAGCAUGGGCUGGACUGCACUCUCUUGCCUUGUUGGAGAGGGGAACUCUAAUGCGUGCGUUGACUUCUCUCAUAACAUUGACUUUUAUUUUGGACCUGUACGACAAGGAGUGGACAUUUUUACACAUUGGCUCUCUUCUUCUUCUUCUGCAUCAUAGUACUCAUUUAAAUGCCACUUUAAGGGCAACUCUUAUUUCUUGGACAGACAACAGUAUUCCUCCUGACACUAAUGAUAUGCACUAAUGCACAUUACCAGACUGGCCUUAAUAUUUCUCAUACAGUGCUUCCUAAUGCACAGGUUUGAGUGCUUGGUGUUGGUACUGAAACAGGUUUAGGAGAGAUGAUAUUAAUACUGUAUAUCACUGCCAUUAUUUAUAUUAUUUAUCUAUCCAUACAAAUGUACAACUUUGACCUUUGCGGUAGACAGUUUUUUUAAGCAUUCCAUACUUUAAAUACAUGCCUUUUGUGUAUUUAUAUUUUUUCCUGACUUGGCAGUUUUUAUUAGUGCUAUAACCAUUAAAACUUAAAUAUAAGGAGACAAGAUAAUACAUUAUUAAUCCACAGCCGGAGAAGUUUGAGUGUCACAGCAGCAACAAGACAAGUGAAGAAAAAUAGAGAUUGUAUAAGGAAAAAACAAAAGGACAUAUAUGAAAUCAUAUAUCACCAUAAAUAAGGCAAUUUAUAGAAGGUUAACUUAUUAUAAAAAAGAUUGUACAGCAAUAUUGACAAACAGUUUAAAUAUAUAUCAGUAUAAUCUUUAUGACCGACAGGACAAUCUGGUUACAAGCAUGUGUUACAUUCAACAAUUAUGAGUUUGAGUAUUUGUGCGCUGUAUAAAAAUGCAAAUGAUUUUUUUGUCAAAUCAACAUAUUUUUUAUGUUACUUUAACUUAAAAAAUUAAGAUAAACAAGUUCAACUUGAUUUUAUAAGUUAUGUCAACUUUUCACAAGCCAAAACUUUGAAUUAUCUUGAAAAACCAAGUUGUUUUUACUUCAUGCUGCAAUUUUUUACAGUGUAAAUGUUACUGAUUUGUUUUAAUGUUAUACAGAAAAUUAAAGUCUUGUUUUAUGUUUA